UUCGAGACGCCGUGCAGCGUCGAUGUCGCGGAAACAGUCGGCUCCGACGCGCCAGAAGUCGUCCACCUCGGCCAGCCACAAAGCCACCACGAACGUCGACGGCUACUUCGAGGCGCGGUACGGAUUAAGGCGCGCAGUGAGCGUGGCGUGCGGACUGCCAUCCACAUGCUGCUCGAACGAAAAGCCAAAGCGUAGGAACGUCGCAAGGAGGGGCACGCCGAAGACGCCGUGCGGCGAAACGGAAGAAGACGCUUCGGCUGGCACAGAGGCAUGUUGCGCUGGCUACAGAUGCGAAGAACGAGUUAGCGCUACUUCUUUAGAAUCUCUUGAGCCAGUAGUUGUCUCCGCGGGACGAAAACGAAGGAUCCCGCAAGGAAAAACCACCAACCAGCAGGUUCGCGCCAGCCAAGUCGGCAAAAAACUGAGUUCGCUACUCGAAUCCACGGCAAGUACAACGCGUCGGCAGGCUGAGCAACCAGCAGUUCUCUCAAAAAACGUUCGCAAGCGUAAAGGUCGUUCGCCGCCUUCUGGCGGGGCGGCCGAAGUACAGCAGGGACGCGCCCAAGUUAAAGGAGCAACGCAGGCAAAGCGUCGAAAGCUGACUCAGGGCGGGCAACAGCGCAAGCAAGGCGAGAGGAAGGGCCGUCAAGAAAAUGGUCGGCGUCAAGUCGUCGACCGAGGGUCUCCAACGCCCGCGAAGCAGCGAACGCGCAGUGCGUCGAAGACUGCGGCUGCAAAGAAAGCAGCUCUAGGCCGGACAUGCAGUGCAUCUAACAACAAGGCAUCGAAGAACGAUGUCAGCACAAGCAAUGACACCAUCGGACCCGCAUCGCAGUUGCAUUCACUGAGAGCGUCGUUGGACAAAACGCCUCUCGGUGGGCCUGUUGGACUUGUCGCGCACGUGCAACAACCGUCUGCUGUCGCAAAUGGCGGAGGUCGACUGCUUCUCAACUGCGACACAAAUAAUCCCCAGGGUAUACUGAAGACGUCGGCUACUGUCCCUGGUUCCAGUGAGGUACCAAGUACCGUAACGGAUAUCCUGCUUUCCUUUCAAGGAAUGUUUAUCGAUCAAGACACGUCUGGCACUAGACCCGAGAGCCCCCUUUCAUGUCAACAAAGGGACUCCUUAAAUGGCGACAGCGGGAUUGUUUUGUCCGAAAACCCUCCUGCUCAGAAGAGGUGGUCGGAGCACGGCGACGUGCUUGAAGAUAGCCAGAACAUUCCGCGCGAGCGAAGUCAUUCACUAGAUUGCGCUUCCGAACCGAGUCUGUGUGCCGCUGAUAGCGUACGAGUACGUGUCGAACCCAGACGGCAGAGACAGUGUGGUGAUGAUGACUUCCCUGUCCCGUCAACAAGCUUGGCUCCUCCAAGGACGACAACACCCGAACAGGGUGUUCGCGUUGAGCGCCAAAACUCUCUGCAAGAGCCUACGGAGUCCCCAGUUCCCAUUCCCUAUACCUUGCCACUAGAACAAAGAUUGGCUCAGGUUCUUGAUGACACGAUUUUUGCACCUGCCGAGUCUGAGGCGCCUCCUGCUGCGCGGAGAAAAUCGGCAUACAAGGGGCUCGCUGAAUUUCUUACCCAGCGGACGCGGCGCCCAUUCAGUUUGGUUUCUACUUUGAAGCACAUGCCUUUUUUGCGAAGGCCGUCUGAGCUUGAAGAAACGCGUGUUGCGCAAUCAGUUUCCACUGAGCUUGGCCAGCCUGGAGCUGCUUUCUUGCCCACACGUCCUGCAGAUGAUACACUUGUGUCGCAAAGCAUUUCUUCACAGUCUAGGGCGCCUGCUGGCGAUGAGGCAGGCGCAGCGUCCAGUGGCGUUGCUUCUUUUGAAAACCCGCCUGCAGAUGACGACGUAAUCGUCGUGUCCCAAGUGCCUCCACUUCGGUGGAGGAGCUCUGCAGCUGACGAUGACCUUGUGAUUAUUGAAUCUUCGGAUUCGGGUAGUGGGAGGAGAGAGCGGGCAAGCGAUACGUCCGAGACCGCCUCCCCCUCUGAACGCAGAGGGUCAUAUUACAACGCCCCCGCCGGUGAAGGGACGAACUUCGGUCAUGAUCGCAUCCGCGAUCGCAUGCUCGAGUUGAACACCGCGGUAGCUUUUUACGUGCUGCAGCGGUGCCGAGAAGAGGAGGCAGCGUGGCGAUUACUUCGUCUGUACCACUGUGGCAGCCGUUCGACCGAAGCCUACAUCGCAGAAGUACGCGGUAUAAUGCGCUCUGCCCUCGAGCGUAAUCGACUGCAAGGGAACAGGCUAACGACAGCGCUUCGUACAAUUGAGAACACCGCGAACACGCGCUGUCAGAACGCUGGCGUUAUGGAGAGCGGCAGCAGCGACUAGCGAAUUCCUCUUCAUGCCGCUGCCUCUCAUUUCAAAGCGCACCAGUCUCGCGAGAACAGAGCGUACACACGAAGCCAUCGGCUAUCACACGUCCGCCUUCGAACCCACCGCAGACUGCCUCCAAGAUCGGAAGCGCGCGGCCGCGCACAGCCGCCGUAGCUGGAGAGAGAAACGAGAAGGGAAAGGUAGGGAGGUUAGCCGAAGCUGGAGUAGAAGAGGAGGUUCGCACUAACCUGUGUCCCUCCCCCCGGCGCGCACCCUCCCCGCAUUCCUCCCUUGCGAGAAGAGACCGCCGCAUCAAGUCACCUCUCCUUCACGGCUCACCCUCGCAACUACAGCAUAUGGCGCGCGGCCUCGAUGUUAUAGCACUUGACUCUAUAUGGAACAUCACGGCGACGGCGGUGUGUGUUGUGGUGAGGCUCGACUCUCUUGCGCCCCCUUGUGUUGUUUUCCCCGUAUGGCUCUCCCGUCUCCUGUAAUCCGGCUUGCCCACGUAGCUAAGCGCCGCCGGCGGUCGGGAUAGUUGCAGGAUAGUUACGACAGAUGGAGCGAACGUUGCGCUGCUGACGCCACCUAAAAGGGAGUAGCCUCUUGUGGCCUCUUCCUCUUUGGCUUGGAGUCGGCGGCAUAUGCGGACGUCUCGUACGCCGGUACCGUACCGCCGAUACCGUACCGCCGAUACCGCACCGCUUCGCGGGACCGUGCUGAGAAAGGCUUCGGAGCGGGACACCAAGAUGGGGACACACGAUCGUUCGAACGCGCUACCGUUCACGUCACAUUGAGUCAGACUUCCUCGAUUCGCCGGCUGCUGUCGGCAUGUUCCAUUGGCAGUAGUUCGACUGGCUAGAUUGGUGUA